AUGGGGGAGCUCCGGAGAGUCAGGCCACCAUGGAGUGUGGGCCCAGGGGCCCUGGCCGGGCCUCGAGACAGCCUGAUGUAUGGCGCUUGGUCUGGGCUGCGUAGGACUCGGCUGGAGGAGGAAGGAGCUGGGCCUCACAUCUGGCGCUUUCUGGGUCCAGCUGAGUCGGGACUGGUGAAGGGGGUGCCAUGUGCGGACGUGCCUGUUUGUUUGUGGUCGCGAUGCAGAAACCCGUCCCAGGAGUGGGGGCAGGCGUGCGCUGCCCCGAAGGCUCUGGACCAGCCGCGCAUCACCACCCUGCCCCCGGUCCUCGAGCGGCAUGAAGCCAGAGAGCGCUCGCUCAGGCCAGUUCUGCAGCGGCCAGAGAGCAGGGCUACGAGGAAGGGUCCCGCUCUCUGGAGCAAGACAGGCCCUUUCCCCGGCGGGCACAAUGGAAGGGGCCUUCCGCUGAGUCACGCGUUGUGA